ACCCUACUCGCACCAAACCAGCAGCGAGAGAGCUCGAGAUCCGAAUCAUGGGGAAGCUGCCUCCUUCCCUGCGCUCUGCCAAAUUACCCCUCCCCUUCCACAAACCUCCCCCUUCCCCUUCCCCUCCGUCACCUUCUACUCCUCUUUCCCAGUCUCCAUCCCCGCCCGAACGUUCCGUCUUCUUCAGGUCUCCCCUCAAGAAACCCAAGAAGCCCUCCAAAACCCCCAGGGGAACCCUCAACCCCUCUCCCCCGCCCCCACAGCAGCAUGUCUUCCGGUCCCCCCUCCUUUCCGACGCCAUCUCCACCUUCGACGCCCUCGCUGCCUCCUCCCCUUCCUCACUCGACCCCACCUCCCUCCUCCAGUCCUUCUGCAACGCCGGCGCCUCCCCCGCCGACGCCCUCUCCUUCCACCGCCACAUCUCCCCCUCCCUCGCCCCUGGCCGCGCCGCCUUCCACGUCCUUCUCGGCCACUCCUGCCUCCACCACUCCGCCCCCGACCCGGCCUCCGUCCUCGACCUCAUGUCCGACAAUGGAUCGCCCCCGGACGCUGCCUCCGCUGACCUCGCCGUCCGUGCCCUCUGCUCCGCCGACCGCCUCGAUGAUGCCUGCGUUCUCCUCCGCGACCGCCUUGCCUCCGCCGCCGACCGGUUCACCUACAACUUCCUCGUCCGCCGCUUCGCCCGCUUCCGCCCCAUCUCCACCGUCUACGCACUCAUCAAAGAACUCCGCGGCGUUGGACUUCAGCCCGACGUCGUCACCUAUACCAACCUCAUCGACGCUGUCUGCCGCGGCCGGAACCUCCGCGAGGCAACGCGGCUCCUCGGCAUGCUCGCCGACGCUGGCUUCAAACCGGACUGUUACGUGUACAACGUCAUCAUGAAGGGCUACUGCAUGGUGGAUCAGUACGGGGAGGUGAUGGAGGUCUACAACAGGAUGAAGGACGAGGGCAUCGAGCCUGACCUAGUGACCUAUAACACCCUCGUGUAUGGGCUUUCCAAGGCUGGGAUGCUCACACAGGCAAAGAAGUUCUUGAAUGUGAUGGCAGACAUGGGGCAUUUCCCAGACGUGGUCACGUACACCUCGCUCAUGGGCGGGAUGUGCAGGAAAGGAGAUGCCCUGGGGGCGCUCAAGCUUCUGGAGGAGAUGGAGGAGAAGGGGUGCAACCCGAAUGAGUGCACCUACAACACGUUGCUUAUGGGGCUUUGCAAGGCUAAGUGUUUGGACAAGGGGAUGCAGCUGUAUCAGGAGAUGAUUGCUAAGGCUAUGAAGCUGGAGAAUGCAACCUAUGCAACGUUUGUGAGGGCACUGUGUCGUGCGAACAAGAUUGCAGAGGCGUAUGAGGUGUUUGAUUAUGCAAUUGAUAGCAAGAGUUUAACAGAUGUAACAGCAUACAUGGCAUUGGAAAACUCACUCAAGUGGCUGAAUAAGGCAAAAGUGUGAAUAAACAGGGAUAUGAUUAUAAGGCUGGAAGGCUAGGGGUGGGUGCUUUGUUUGCUAUCAUAAUUCAAUUUUGUCACAGUUUUGUGGCUUUUGUUCAGACAGACCCCAACUUGAGCUCUAAUGGAAGGUACACAUCUUGCCCCAAUCCAUGUGGUUCCACUUAUCUGUAUCCUUGAUGCAUUAAACACCAAACUUAAUUGCAAAGGACAUGUUACAGACAGUUUAGCAUGCUUGGUAUUUAUUAACCAGGAGAUUACUGCCCUUGUGCUACUCUUUUCAUGCAGGGUGUUGGACACUGUGUGCAGCUUUUUAGCUGGCCCUCUAGGUGUUCUCAUCUUGAGUUAUGUUUAUAUAUAGAGGAUUCUUCAUGGAAUCCAAUUAUUAGUUUUAUGAUCAGAGCUUCUUUAUCCUUCACACAAACAGUAGGAGAGUUUUUUCCAAUCGGUUUCAAUAAGUAGAUUGUUUGGUGCAAAUCAAGCAUAUAACGUCCAAGCCUGUCGUUGGUUAUACAGACAUAUCAGGGAAAUCAGAGGUAGAUGUUCAUUUGAAUUUAUUAUUUUUCAGUGGCAUCAAAUAAUAUACACUGAGACACUGUGCAGAUUUAUCCGAUUUACCAAGUGAUACUGUACCGAUUUACCUGAUCGAUGUGAAUGUUUGAGUUGCUCCAACAAGUGACAGAUGUUUGAUACUGCCACUGCAAUAAUUCUCGUCCAGAAAUUAGCAUGACAGUGCAGGAACUGCAGCAACCAUCUUAGCAGCUCAGAGCUGCAUCCACUGCAUGAUGAGCCAGCCAUAAGCAAUCUGGAUUCUUGGUGUCUCUCAAUCUUGAGACACACCAUUUGAGCUUCUCAAUCUUGUAAGACAUGCAUGCAUUCUACUUAUUCUUUCUUGGUGAUGUUGCCAACAGAUCAAGUCAAAGAUGUCCAUUGCCUGCCUCUAUCUUGUGCUGGGAAGACAAGUAGACAGAUCCCACUCGUGCUGCACAAAAAUACUAAUAUUAGGAGUUGUUGAGUGCUACAUUAUGGGACUGUAACCUUGUGAUUAGACUCUUUAUUUGCAUUGAUGCCUUCCACCAAGAAGCUGCCUGUUGUUAGCCACUGAAACAUUACAACUGGAUACUAGGCAUCCACUUAAUCAUGAGAAUUAAAGUAGCAGAAAUAUUCACUGCCCUGCACAGAGGAAACCAGUACACGGAGCUCAAGCUUGAAGCUCAAAUCUAUUGUGGGGUCGAGUUCAGGUAGACAAGAUUCCGUGUCUCCCUCCCUCUUGUGAUGAUGAGUGUUAAUGUUGGCCUAUAACUACAGAAAGCCGAAGGGAUGAAGUCCAACUCGCAGAACUCAGAGCGAGAUGGCUCCAAGCCAGCGUUGCCACACUCGCUCCAUCAGCCUGCCCUCAGAGCUUCACCCUGCUGCGCUCAGGGUGGAAGAAGAGCUGCACAGGCUGAGGUCUUCGAUGGCUUCAUCCUCUUCCACGCCGCAGAUGAUAUGCGACAGCUUGAGAGGACUCGGAGGCCUGUACGAAUCGAUCGAGGGGCUCGUUCGCCUGAGAAGCAACCAUCAAACCCUCAUCCAUCCACUGCAAGGGAGACGCGUGGAAGGAGAACUGGUUGCGUCCAUCAGACUGCUGGACCUGUGCAGCGCAGUGAAGGAUGACUUGAGCACGAUGAAGGAGCACGUCCGAGGGAUUCGGUCGGCUCUCAGAAGGAGAGACGGCGCAGUGAUCGCGAACAAGGUGAAUGACUAUGUCCGCUUCGGGAGGAAGGCAGACAAGGAGAUGAAGGAUCGCUUCAGAUCAUUGAAGCGGGUCAUGGAGGACGAAGACACGCCGAUGGCGAUCUGGGGGUUGAUGGAAGCGGAGAUGAUCGCCAUUUCUCUACUGCGACUGGUGUUCUCCUUCGUGUCGAUGCAAACGGGAAGGUCAGAGCGUAGCAGUUGGUCUUUUGUUUCGAAGGCAUUGAGCAAGAGGAAGGUGGCAUCCGAUGAGGAGCAGGAGGCUGGAAGUGGAGUGGGAAGACUAGAAAUCUUCUCAUGGCGUGCUUCCUGCAAGGAUGGUGAUGGUGGGAGGGCAGUCAAGGCGCAAAGUCAACUGCAGAGGUUGGAGGUUAGCGUUGAAGGGCUGGAGAGCGGAUUAGAAUCCUUGUUCAGGGAGCUGAUCCGAAGCAGAGUCGCUCUGCUCGACGUACUCAGCUCAUAGAAGAACUCAUCAAAGUGUGUACGCUGUGAUCAGCAACCACAAUUUUGGCGACUUGACUGAUCAUUGCAAAUCUAAGCUUGUAAACAUGAUAGGUAUAGAUAUAGAAUACAGUAAUCUUACACUCUAUGAUGUCUUCUUGUCUCAUUCUUUUGGUGGUGGUCAUUAUAAUUGGCAACAGGAAUGCUUAUCAACGAUCAAA